GUUCUUCAGCGAGUUUGUAAGAUAGAAACCACUCCUACCCCUUUCCUCUCGAGCCCGCGUCAGGCGCAUUCUGAUUUCGUUAGCUUCGCGUUCUCAUUCCUGUCUGAAAUUGCAGAGCGUCUGGAUGACACCGAGCAUGCUGGAGCCGAACAUCCUUAUAAGUCGUUACGACGAAGAAUAGAUUUGGUAUGUCGCGGCCACUUGCAGUGGCUUUCAAAAGCUGGUCUUACGGAAGCGGGAGUUUUUGCAGCAAAUUACUGGCCAACGGGUACAGUCAUGGUUGACGCGAAUGAUGGUUCGUUUAUGCCAAGCGACUCUUUCACCGAUACACCCUUCCACUUAUUGAAGAUUUCCGCGUUUAUGGACACCCAUAACAGCAAUGACUAUCGGAGACUUGCCCGAAGGGUGAUACACAAGGUUGCUAAAGCCUGGCUUCAUACACUUGACAAGUCCGACAAGCGUGCCUCCCAUGUCUGGCCUCACGCACGAGAUGAAGGGUACAACAAAUACAGACUCAAUGAACAUGUCUGGAUAUGGAGAGCGUUGAAAACAAUCGAAGAUGACCGGCGAAGAUCUUCUGAAACGAAGGACCACCCGAACGAUGGAGAGAUAGAUCGUGAAGAGGUGGCUGAGGGCGACACAAAGGAUCGGAAAGUUCUUGACAUAGGUCAACGAGACCAACAUGUCAGUGAUGAUGAGAAGAUUUUCAGGAAGUUCGACUCUGAUGUCAUCCAGCGGGAUAUCCUGCGGCGGUUUACUGUCGAGAACGACGUGUCCAAGAAACGAAUGCUGGCAAUGACACGGUCUCCCCGCGAGACGCGCUUUUUGCUCCAUGCUAGCGACACUGCUUUAUUCUACGGCAUCAAAUGGAAUUUCUUCUUACAAACACUCUUUGACGAGGUCUGGGAUAACACCAUUGAGGCCCAGGUCCAUCAUAGCGAGAAUUCAGAGACAGGGUGGGACAACUCGAUCAGGUAUGCGCUGGCAAUCAUGAUGGGAACCAGGAACAUGACUCUUAACAAAAGGUCACCGAACGACCUUGUCAAAUCUGCUUUUGACGUUUUACUUCGAUCCACAAAUCCUAACGGGCUCUUUUAUGGGCAACUGGACGGAACUACGAAAGAGCCAGCGCUGUUCGCCAGAGAAGAGGACCGAGACUUCUACUUCCUUGCAAGCUUCGAAAUACCCUACGUUCUUCUCACGCAUCUUCCAAAGAUCGACUCAGCAUACAAAGACAUUACCGGAAAAGAUCCCAAGUCGCCAGUCAGACUCGAAAGGCUCCAAUUGACACCCCAGCAUCCCUUCAACGAAGUCGCAGAUAUGAUUACACAGCAGCCAAAGCGACAGGAGCACAGGUCGCCUACAAAUCAAGGUUCUGCCGCUGAUGCCGGUGAAUCUCAAAACAUGUCUGCGGGCCUCUAUCAGAACGUCAAGUCCAAGCGACCCAAGACUACGGCAAUGAAGAAGAGCGUCCCUUUCAAUAGCUUCAUCGAUCAGAGCAGCAUCAUUGACCUUGAUGAUGAAUGGCUCUACAACUAUCCAUCCUUUCUAGGCAGCGAUGAAAAGACAGCCGAAAGCCUCCAUGAAGAGAUGAGGAAGUUUUUGGGUCCAACAUGGCCAAACAACAUAAGCACACGGGUGAAUAACACAAACAUCGUAAUCACAAAGGCAGCUGAAAAGUACAUGCAAAGACUUUCAGAGCCAAAGAAGGAUGAUGCUUUGCCAACUUCAGACUCAACUUUCUUCACAAAUUACAACGCCAUCGAGAUGUAUUCUUGUGUGGUUAAUGUCCGGAAGCAGAAAAAUCUAAGCAAACAGGAAAGGGCAGACGGCGACGAGUGCCAUUAUAUCUCUGGCAGCCUCUCGCUCUGGGAAUACUUGUCAAGGCCUCGUGUAGUCAAAGAAGCCAAGAAAAGACUGAUUUGGCUGCCGGCAGCGAGCGACCAGUAUGCUCUCAUUUGCUACAUGACCAGCCCACCAGAUGAGAGACAAGCCAUUUCGCUCUUCUUCGACCGUCAUUACCAUUAUGAAAAACAGUUUCUCGAAGAAACAACGAUGGUACUCAACACCUGGGACAGUGAACUUCAUCUGAGCUUCCAUCGACUGGUCGAUGAGAGUUACAAGCUAAGGACGGGAAUCCCCGCGUCUAGUCGGAGAAACAUUCCAGGCGUUGCCAAUAAAAAGCUCAUGCAAUGCUCGAUGGGGUUUCGCUUUUCAGGAGACUUUUUCGACCGAUACUGGACAUGUUACAUGGUUGAACACACCUCGAAUGGGUGGAGGCCUGGUCCGUGGGGCGAACAAGGUUGGCAGCAAAGAAAAGUGCUAGAGUUACAACUUUUUGACAGAAUCCUGAAAGAGAUUGUCCAGAGCACCAAAGACAUCUUCGAUAUGGUCGUACACGAGCUGGGAGAGAACCGGGGAACCAUCUCCUUCUCGACUCUAAGCAGCGUUGAGUACUUUUCAUCUAGCGCCCAGUGGCAGAACUGUCAACAAAUACUCCAGGUCGUGGAGGAAGAGCUCGCAGACGUGCUGUCGACGGUCCUCAAAUGGGAGGCGCGUGAGAAAGAUAGGGGCCAGGAGCGGCCGCGAUGGACACGCAACGACGAGCGCAAAUACCGCGGCCUCAUUGGAAAGAUGCAAGGUUCGACGGGCCGUCGCACGCGAGAUUUACACAACUACCGUAACAGCAUUCGGUCACUGAAGGAGCAGCUGAUCAGCAAUCAGCAGCAGAGCCGUGACAACCUCUCGCUGAUCGACGCAGAGAACGUCCGGCUCUUCACGUACGUGACUGUGAUAUUCCUACCACUCGGCUUUGCAGCCAGCAUCUUCAGCAUGAGCGAAACACCACCAGGCAAUGUCCUCAAGCCCAUGAUUGUCUGCUCCGUAAUUGCGCUCUUCCUCACAAUCGUGGCACUGGCCAAUGCGAAGAAAGUGUCGAUGGCGAUCAAUAACUACUCACAGGCGAAGAUGAACAGCAAUCUUUUUAACUUGAGAAACGAGAUAUAUGGAAACGAGGUGCAGGCGCCACCCACACAACAGGAACAUGAGGAGGCCAAAGUCGGCCGGGUGUCUGAAAAAGACAAAAGGCCUGGCGUUCCUACUUCAAGCCAACCCAUCAUCCACAAGGCCGGCUUUUCGGGGCAUGUUCAGUUCUGGAUAGGAUAUCUAUUCAUUGAUCUGCCCUCUGAAAAGGUCUCAACCGCAUGUGGAAUCUUGGGAGACCCAGAGCCCAACCACUGGACCACCUACAUUCAUGUCAUUGUAGGAUUCAUGGUUUUGCCUAUACUUCUCGUUGCUCGCCUCAUCCAGCUUUUCCUUUACAACGCAGUCGAUGUGGGCCGGCUUGCCUGGGGCCAAUACAAAAUUUUUGUUACAUCAGCGAAGCCGAAGAAGCAAGACUUGAAGCGUAAUUGGCUGACAGACACCACGAGUAUACGUCGGCCGCUCAAGGAAAAGGUUGCAGAAGUGACAAAACGCUUAUCAGACCGGCAGGUCAAUAAGAACGAACCGGGUGGGGAUGGAAAUACCGGUCCGAAAGAGUCGUGACGAAGUGAUACGUCUCUCGAAGCUCACUCAUCAUGUUAUG